UGCAGUACUGCGGCGGCGCGGCCAGGGCUUGGCGGUGUGACCACUCACUCCCCGUGCGCGCCAAUCCCUCCCCGAGUGCCAUACUCGCACGUGGACAUGACGAGUCGAUCCUCCUGAUAGGGGUCGUGUAGUCGCAGAAGAAAGCAGCUCACCCACGACGCGCGGCAGCCGCGGGCGCCACCGGUCCGAGACCCCACCUCCUGCUCCCCCUGCUGGCAGUGCCCUGCUCCGGUGCUCGACGCGCGAUACCCGGCCAACGACUUAGCCAUGAUGGCUCGGCCCGUCGCCCUGGGGCUGGCCGUGGCGCUCUUCGCGGUGAUGCAGUGCGACGCGCAGGUGCCCUUCCUCGGGACGUGCCCCGACGUCAAGGUGAUGCCGAGCUUUGACGUGACAAAGUACCUCGGCAAGUGGUUCGAGGCGGAGCGGUACUUCGCCAUCUUCGAGUUCGCCGGCAAGUGUGUGACAGGCAACUACACGGUGGACAAUGACGGCAGAAUCUCCAUCCUCAACAGACAGACCAGCUCCCUGACCGGCAUUCAAUCCACCAUCGAGGGCGAGGUGAAGCUCAUCAGUCGGUCAGAAGAUGCAAAACUGACGGUCCGAUUCCCGUCUUUACCCUUGACUUUGGACGUGCCGUAUUGGGUACUGGACACGGAUUACGACAACUACGCAGUCGUAUGGUCGUGUUCGAACUUUGGAAUCUUCAGUACAAGAAACGCGUGGAUAUUGACUCGACAACGGGAACCCUCCCUUGAGGUCAUGGAGAGGGCUUACAUGGUGGUAGACAGAAACGCGGUGAGCAGAGCCUACUUCACCAGGACGGACCAAAAGCGGUGCCCUGCCACGUACUGAACGCGUUACACGCGUUAGUUAUUAAGUUUCUCCUGGCCCAUUGAGGCGUGUGCACUGAUUUGUAAGACUGUGACUGUGAUCUUUUUAUCAAACUUUCAAACCGCAAACCUCAGUAGAGGUCCAGGCGCUUGUUUCGUUCAUGUUUUCGCCUCACUUGAAUCAUUAUUUCAUUUAUGUUUAGUUUGAAUGCAUAUGUUAUAAUUAU